AUGACCCAGAAACCUGUCCUUAUUUCUGGCGCUGGCCUGGCCUCUCUCCUCCUCGCACGCUCUCUUCUUCGCUCAAACAUCCCCUUUCAGGUUUUUGAGCGGGAUGCCUCGCUCACCUUCCGCGGCCAGGGCUACCGCCUGCGCCUCUCGCUCGAGGGUCUCGACGCGAUUGAGACCGUCCUGGACCCACCCGCGUUCCAGCGCUUCUAUGACCGUUGUGGCAAGACGGGCGGGAGCGGGUUUCUGGGGUUCGAUGCUGUCACGGGCGAGGUGGUGGAGGAGCACAAAAUGGGCGAGAAUCUGGGGUCGCGAGAGGGCAAGGUUGUGGGCAUCGCCCGCGGAGAUAUGAGGAGUUUGUUCAUGGAAGGUUGCGAGGAGUUUGUGCACUUCAACAAGCACGUCAAGGGUUACGAGUUGACAGCCGACGGGGUUCGAGCCAUCUUCGCCGAUGGUACCAAAUCCGUCGAAGGUUCCCUCCUGGUCGGGGGCGAAGGCAUCAACUCGACCGUUGCAAAGCAGCUGUCUGGAGGGCGUCUCAAAGUCUACGACCUCGGCGCCCGAGGUAUUCACGGGCAAGCGCCAACCACGGCCUUCAAGGGCCUCGGCGAAGGCGUCUUCCGACUCGUCGACAACUCGAAUCCGCGCGGGCGGGUGUCCAUCAUCACCAAUGUGCGCCCCAACGACAUGGACAACCCAGAUGUCCAGUUCGGGUGGACCAUGAGCAGCGUGCCCGGAGUCAUCAAGGCACCCAACGACGAUUACACCAUCGUCGGCAAGGUAGCAGCUGAAAUGGCCAAGUCGCUCACCCAAAACUGGAACCCCCGUUUCAAACCUCUCUUUGACCAGAUAAACGAAUCCGAAGCCGCGUUUUGGAAAAUCACCUGCUCGACACCGAGCGGCGUGCCGGAGUGGCCCAACGAACCCCGCGUCACCCUCAUUGGCGACGCGGUUCACGCGAUGACCCCAGCAGGAGGGAUAGGCGCCAACACCGCCGUGCGGGACUCGGCAUUGCUGGGACGACUGCUGCGCGAGGCCGGCGGGUUCAAGGAAGGUGUCACGGCGGCCUACGAGAAGGAGAUGCGGAUCUAUGCCAGCGAAGCUGUCCGGUCAAGCUAUGGCAUGGCAACCAAGGCGUUCCAGGUCCAGAUCGACGAGUCGUCACAGACCAUCUAA